GGACGUCCCAAGGAUCCCAGAUAGUACAAAUCACGAUUAUGCCGAGAUUUGCUGUUUGAAGUCUACACCCCGUAUUCACAGACAUCAUUCAUGGAUUCUGCAAUUGAAAAGCACUGUUCAGAGCUUGUAGCCCGUGAGCGAAGCGGUCAUACGGCUCUAACUGAGAGGAAUGUCCUGUACGUGUGGGGAGGCUACGUGUCAAUUGCUGAUGAUGAAGUUUUCCUACCUAAUGAUGAAAUCUGGUUAUAUGACUUAGAAAGUGGUGUAUGGGAAAUGUGCAGGAUGUCAGGUGAGGUCCCACCCCCCAUGUCAGGCACCUGUGGCUGCUCUCUGAAUGGAGACAUGUACAUAUUUGGGGGAUGCGAUGACAACGGCCAGACCAACCAGCUUUACUGUGUCAAUCUUCUGGAUGGAAAAUACACUUGGAGGAAAGUUAACCAUAAGAGUGGCUCCCCUCCCUCACCCAGAGAUAAGCUCUCUUGCUGGGUUUUCAAUGGCAGGCUCAUCUACUUUGGUGGAUAUGGUCAUAAGCAACUUGAUGACAUCAAUAACAACAGAAGCUUCCUUAUGGAUGAGGUGUCAUGGGUGGAUGACAUCUAUUGGGGAUGGAACAAUGAAGUCCAUAUGUUUGACCCAACAUCGGCCAGUUGGAGUGAACCACAUACCAGUGGUUGUGCACCUGACCCGAGAGCUGCCCAUGCCAGUGUAACACUUUGCCACAAAGGAUAUGUAUGUGGGGGCAGAAUAAGGGAAACCAGGACAAGUGACAUUUAUUGUCUAGAUCUAGAAUCAUGGACAUGGUACGAAAUAGUACCAGCAUCCAAUGUGCCAAUGGGAAGGUCGUGGCAUACCCUCACUGCAAUAUCUGACAGCGGUUUGUUUCUAUUUGGAGGACUGAGUAUAGACUGCAAACCAAUGAGCGAUGGUUGGGUAUUUGAUGUUGGAACAAAGAAAUGGAGAGAGUUUGAGCAUCCAUACAUGAACAAACCAAGGUUGUGGCACACAGCAUGCCAAGGGAAAGACUCUGAUGUCAUUGUGUUUGGGGGUAGUUGCAACUACAUCCUUCGAGUAGACACAGGUCACUGCAAUGAUGCACUUGUUUUCCAGACCCAGCCCUACCCACUCUUUCGGAUAUGUGAGGAUUACAUAGCCAAGAAUGUGAAGAACUGCAAGAUGCUUGAAAAACAGCUUCCAUUUGUGCCUCCAAAACUACUGCCAGCUAUACAGAAGAGAAUAUCAUUUUUUCGGACAACAAAGAAAAUAUAGCAUUGUCAGAUAUAAAUAUUAAGGGAAAUGUUCAGUAUUAUAAACUAGGGGGUUUGAGUCCUGAAUGCUCAUUGGCUGACAGCCAUGGUAUAUCAGACUGUAUACCACAUGUAUGACAAAACAUGUAUUUUUACUAAUUACGUUGGUAACCAGUUUAUAAUAGCAAUAAAGCACCUCUGAGGUUGGUGGUGUAUGGCCAAUAUACCACAGCUAAAGGCUUAUUCAGGCACUUCGCGUUGCAUCGUACUAAGGACAGCCCUUAGCCAUGGUAUAUUGGCCAUAUACCACCAACCGCCGAGGUGCCGUAUUGCUUAAGUAGACUACAGUAAACUGAUAAUGCAGAGUUCAGACUAUGUUCCUCAUAUUACUGUUGAGAAGGCCUUCAUUGUAUGUGGGGCGAUUUGUCUUACAAAACAUUAAAAACAUUAUUGAUUUAU